AUGAAAAUUAAUAAAAAUAUUUUUUUCAAUUUAUUUUUCAGAUUUUUGGACAAAUUACUUGAAGAAUGUACUUCGCCAGAGCUGAUUAAAUUGAUUGUUGUUUCUCUUGAUUAUUUCCCCUCAUUGCCACGACUCGAUGCUGAAGAUGGAUAUUUUUCGUGGUCUUUGCUUGAAAAUGCCAUCCGAAAAUGGUGUACUAAAUUUGUGGGAAGCUUUUUUACUCUUAAUCAACAUUAUGCUUCAUUUCAAAUCAACUUCUCUUGGAAAUGGCCUUUAAAUCUGCUUUUUCUUAAACUUUCUGAUACUUCUCCUAAAAUUGUUAACUUAACAGCGCGUAUUUUGUUGAGAUGGCUUUCUUUGUGUCCGAUUGAUGUUCUUAUUGAAAUGAGGGAACAACUUUUGCGGGCUAAGUUAGAAACUCUUGGUGAUGCUGGAAUUCUUUUGGAAGUAUUUCUGUUCGAUGCUGAUUUGGACACUAUGGAAGUUGAUAAAUCUAAAUUGUUGUUAGAAAUUGCUUCAAAUUCUUUAAACAAAUGGGAUGAUUAUUUUUACAUUCAUUACAAUGAAAUUAUUGCUGAGCAAAUUCGAAGAGCGUUGAUUAAUAAUGAUGGAACUAAUUUUUUCUGCUUUAAACGUUCAAAGAAUGGGGAGUUUGCGCGUGCUUCGGGACAAUUACCUACAUCUGUACCAACCCAUAAAAAGCAAAGGGUCUUCCCUCCACCUCAUCUUUACGGACAUUUGGCACGCUCGAAAGUUGGUCAAAAUCUUUUGAAAAAUCGAAAUAUUAUUGGGAAAUUGGAGGGUAUAAUCUGCAAUUUUCUACAGAAAGGGAUUUGUGUUGAUCAGCUUGAUCAAGUUAAAGUAAUUAAAACACUUUUUGAAUUUGGCUGGGAAUUUGGAGAAGCUUUUAAUGAUAAUUUUGAAUUAAAAAUUAAUAAAAAUUUUCUUUCUUCAAAAAAUAAAUUUAUUUCCAAUUAUCUCCAAAAUAAUGACAAAAAACAAAAAAGAAGAAUAAUUGAAAGAAGGAAAAGAAUACAAAGUGAAUUAAUUAAUGAAAGGAAUUUAAUAAAUAUUUCUCGUUCUAAUUCUUUGGAUAGCUUUUUUAAUAAUUAUAAUUUUAAAUCAAAUUAUUUUUAUGCAAAACAAGAUUAUUCUGCAGAAUUUUGUGAAAGAGGUGCUGUUAAUAUAUUAAAAGAAGAAAAGGAAAAACACAAAAUUACCGAAAAGGAGAAUAAUGAUCUCAUUGUUUAUAGAAAGUUUUUAGCAAAAAUUGAUAAUUUGGAUAGACAAAAUGAAUAUUAUAAACAAAUAAAUAAUUUUAAUAAUUUUGGACAUGUAAUUUUGCCAAAAAAUAUUUCAACAAUUUUUGGGAAUAUCUUUAAUGAAAGUAAAAACAAAGAAGAACAGUCUUCUUGUCUUGAAAAUAAAAAAUAUUUAAAAUUUUCAAUAAAUAAAAAACAUUGUAAAUUUUUAUGUAUUUUUUGUUCAUCUCCAAAAAAAUUAAAAAAUAUUGAAGAAAAAGAAGAAGAAAAAAAUGAGGAAAAGGACGAAACAGAAAAAGAAAUAAGGCAAUUAAUUUACCAGUUGGCUACUCAAUUUUCAAAUACAGAAAUAACUAUUAAACUUCUUCGAAUUUACAAAGAACAGCCAGAGAUAUUCGAAAAUCGUUGUCUUUUCUCCGAUGUGAUCAAUUUUGUUAGCGAUUCGAAAAUUAUUUCAUUUGGAGGACGUCGUUUAAUAUAUCAAUUAUUUUGGAAAGCUCUUUCUAAUUAA